GCCGGCGACGGCGGAGCGGUGCUGGCGGUGCUGGCGGUGGCGGCGGUGCCCGGGUCCUGCGGCACGGCACGGCACGGCGCGGCACCGCGGGAGGCAGGUGAUUUUAACCAGCGCUGAUAUGCCCAGCAGCAUGUGUGUGCAUGUUCAAUGACUUUCGAGGCAUCUCCUCUGUCCUUUUCAAUAGAAGAGAUGUUUGAAAGAAUUUUCAUUGCAGUGAUUAAAAAAAGAAGGCACGAGAUAGGAAGACAGACAUCCUGCUCAAAGCACAGCUCGUGGUGGUUCAAGAUACAGAAAAUCAGCAUGAAACAGUUUGUAACAGGCUGGGAAUGGAGUGCGUAGUUUGGAURCCAGCAGUGGGACAUCUUACCAGAACAAAGCUUCCAUGGGACCAUUGUCUAAUCAAUGACUUCUAAGUGCARGACUGGUGCUGUUGGAUUGGAAAUAGGUGCUACAAGAUGCCAGGGGAGAUGACUGAGAGCAGCAGCGGGAUGGAGGAGACCGUGCAGAAGGACAGCAAGUCUGGAGGCCAGAGCCCUCRCUGUGGCACAAUGAGAAGGGCUGUGGCAACCACUGUCACCUUUGAUGGGGAAGCCACUAUGGACCGAAGGAAAAAGAAGAAGAAAGAGUCCCGCCCCGAGUCAAUAAUAGUCUAUCGGUCUGAGAAUGACAAUAAAGUGGAAGAAGAACAGGCGGAUGAAGAAGGAGGGGAGAGGAGCUCUGAGGAAGGCUCCAAGUUCCUGGGUCAGUCCGUGACAGAUGGUGUCUGGAACAUGCCUUUAGACAGCCGGUAUGUCACCUUGACUGGAACAAUCACCAGGGGAAAGAAGAAGGGUCAGAUGGUGGACAUCCACGUCACACUAACAGAUAAAGAGCURCAGGAACUGGCUAAGUCAAAGGAGCCUCCUAAAGAGGAUGUACCCGAGAAGAAGAARAAAUGUGAUGUUGGAUUGGACAGAGGACCCCACAUCGUCCUCUGGACCAUCAUCUGCCUCCCCUUCAUUUUUGUAGUGUCCUUCGUGGUUUCAUUCUACUAUGGAACCAUUACAUGGUACAACAUCUUCUUGGUGUACAAUGAAGARAGGACCUUCUGGCACAAAAUCACCUUUUGUCCCUUUCUGAUUAUCUUCUACCCAAUUAUAAUUAUGGUUGUUUCUUUCUCCCUAGGCCUGUAUUCAGCUGUAGCCCAGGUAGCAUGGUCCUUUGGGUACUGGUGGCGUGCUGUCAGGGAUAUGGAGAAGGGAUUCUGUGGCUGGCUCUGCAGCAAGCUGGGCUUGGAAGAUUGUUCUCCGUACAGCAUUGUYGAGCUGCUUGAUUCUGACAAUAUCUCAGGUAGUCUCUCUGGCAAGAGCUCUGCACAAGGGGUUGAGACCUCAGCAGUCUGAGCCUUUGUCCUGGAUGACUAUUAUGGUCAUAUUUCACCUAGAAAAUAACACACUGAUUUUUUUWAAAUAUACAUAUAUAUUUAAACACAAACUUAAUGAAUAAAAUAUUGGGCUGAGAGUCCUCUUUAAAUGUCACAGAAUGCAAGAAUGCUAGCUUCACAUGCUCUGGGUGGGGAGGUGCAUGGCUUUCCAAGGAUUUGUCAUGUGUUGUAGCUAAUUACAGCUUCUGGGAAUGGUAAGAAAAUCUGUGUCUGCAGGGCUCUGGCUCUUUGUGGAGUGGCAGAGAUACAUUAUGCAAAGUCCACUUCUGUCAAGWUAGACUUCACUUUUCAGAAAUAGGACAUAACAGUGACCUGUGACCCAGUGAAAAGAAGUCUCUGCUUGGGGKAUGAACUUCAAGAGACAGGAACCCAUUCAGAGGUGAAGGUUAAAUUGCAAAAUGUGUGAUGUUCCUGCAGUAUUCCUAGAAAAGGUCCUUUCCCAGUCCCUCCAACAAGUGCAGCUAGCUUAGGCAGGCUGACUGYUUAGACACUGUCAGAGUCCAGUGUUACAGGCCACUGGAAUAGUGGGAGAGUCAGAACAGCUGCCAACAAAGGCGUGUGAGUUCUACACUGACCUGAAACAYCCCCAUCACACGAUGGAAGAGCAGGGCUUGCUUUCUAAUGCAGUGUGUGGGGACCUGAUGGGGCUGUCACCAAGAACCCUCAAGUGGCUGCAGGUGCUCAGAUAGGUKCUUGGAAUGUCCCUGCAGGAUCUCUUGAUCUGUGCACUGCUAGGGAGGAAUGAGCUYCAGGAGUCGUACACAGUGUGCAGUGCAGACAGGUGCAUUACAGGAAGGAAACACCUGCCCUAAGGAGGUGCCUGCCCCUAAGGAAGGGGCAACCAUUUGCAUCUCACUGCAGGUGCAGAUUGGCAGCACUUGGCUUUAGGGAGGUGGAGUUGAAGGCACCUGGGGAUGGGAAGGUCUCUGAAACAAGUAACUUUGGYUUUCAAGUUGCUCUUAUGGAAAAUCUGUUGGACCUCCCCUUUCAGAAUGGGGGAAUCCAGGAGUUCAUGUCUAUCUGUGCCUCAGCUCUGGAAAUCUGUGUCACCUUCCCCGCCUCACCCCUCUUCCUGGUUAAUUAUAUGGGAGAGCAAUGGAUCAUACAUCCUUCUCCCCUUGUGUCUCAUUUUCAUAAUGGGUUUCCCUCCUUUUUUGGACUUWCCAUGGCAGCACCAUAGUGGGCUCCCUGACCAGGCUGAGGUUGGCACCAUAGGCUGGAGAAAUUUUAAUUGUCUCUUAAGAAAAUGACUAGCAGAAAAUUCUUUUUCUUUGAUCAGCUUGGGUUUUGGCCCAAGAAGGAGAUGAGCAAAAUAAAAGAGAGAUUCUAAUAGGGACUGAGUUACACAUCUGAAAAGUGAUUAAUUUUCUGAGUGCUCCAAUUCAGCUGGUGCUGCUGGCAAGUGUGUCUGAGCCCAAGCCAGAGGAGCCCACAUUUGCAUGUGUAGGUAGGUAAAUCGUGUCGUGCAGUUCAUCAGCUGCACUGUCACUCCUGUCUGUGUAGAUGUCUCACUUCCCCAGUCUCCCUAUCAAAAGGGAACCGUUCUAGUUUUAGGGUGGUAAAAAGAAGYAUUCAGAAGCUGGAUUUCACAAAAACUAAUGCUUUGUGUUGCAUUUUAAGGUUGAGYUCAAGACUACACUGACUGUCCYGGUUAGAACAUCUGGGARCUGGUGAUGUAUAAACA